AUGCCAAAAUCAGCAGAAAGUGUCCUCCACCUCAACCCUCUUCCCCCGCCACCUCCACCACAAGUUCUCAUGCCUUCUCCCUCAGAAACCCACAACAACAACAACAGCUUUGCUGUUGCAGAAAACUUGAGAUUCUCCAUGGAAGAGCUCUCCUACCCUCAUCAACAAGAUCAUCAUGUUGUCAUGGAAAUUGAACUCCAAAAUGAACUCGGGUUCAAUCCAUACAGCACCAAUACUGACCAGAACAACAACAACAUCCAUUUGGUUUCCUUUGAGCAACAAACCAAUUGGGACAAUAUUCAUGGUGUCCAUGAUCAGAUGCAGCAACAAUUGCAAGAUGGUGCUAAUGGUGCAUACCCACCAACACCUGACCUUCUCAACCUUUUCAGCUUACCUAGAUGCUCACCCUCCUCUGUUCUCCAAAACUCGUCCAUUACCUUCACAAACCCCAACCCGAAAAGCUCGAAUUUUCCGAACUCUUUGGGGUUCCUCGGAGAUGUCCAUGGUGGGAUUGACACCCCGCCAGGGACAGCGAGUUCGGUUGUCUAUGACCCACUUUUCCAUUUGAACCUGCCUCCACAGCCACCAUUGUUCAGGGAAUUGCUUUAG